AUGUCGGGCCCGGUCUCUUGGGGCCCACUGGAUGAGAAAAAUUUUGUGUCGUGGCCCACAGUAAACAAUGCUUCCGAUAUUGUUGGAGGGGGUCGUAGUCCUAGGCAUUGGUGUGACUCUGUUGAUAUUCAACAACAUCGCUCCCGUGCUACGUGGGGCGGCAUCUGGCUACUCUUUGCUGGCACAUUCUUUUAUAUCCGACGCCUCGUUCGGUCUCGAGUCGAUGCUAAUCUACGCGGUGUGAUGGACCACGCUGAGAUUUUCGUGGCUAUGUCGCUCGUCAUGGUUUUCUCCGUUAACAUUUCAUUUUAUCUGCACGUACCGGCCACAACGCCACUAAAAGACUUGGGUUUCAUGAUUAUUCCUGAGCAGAAACUUCACUCAAAGUGGCGUCCUGUGAGCGAUAUUUUGACUGCCGGUAUGCCCGUCAUUUUCCUACUCCAGACCGCCGUGAUGACACGACCGAAUCGUUGCCGUGUCGUGUCAUCCUUCUUUCGUAUUGUCACUAUCUGCUACUUUCUGCGUAUGCUGACGGUGUCUGUGACGUCGCUACCAGGUCCAGCACCACACUGUCGCGUGGGCAGUCACGAUUACUUUCCACCAACCUCGUGGAUUGAUAUUGCAACACGCGUCGGGCCCAUAUACGGCAAUUACAAUUCGUGCGGAGAUUUGAUUUUUUCUGGCCACAUGGCGUACACAGUGUCGGCUGUAUUGCUGUAUUUACGGACACUGGACCGCAACUUUCCUGGUCGCAUGGCUUCUAAGAUCCGCUGGGCAUGCGGCUUGACGUAUCUUAUCAUCCUGGCUGUGCUCUGUAUUGCUGGUCGUAAGCAUUAUACGGUAGAUGUUGUGCUUGGGCUGAUCGUUUCGACUCUCGUGUUUUUCCAUUUUGAGCAUAGCUGGACACCGCUUUGCUUUCAGGUACCACACGGCUUGUUACCAUUAGACGAUUUACAGCGAAUAUACGGGUUACAGUGGCGCAAGCGGUUUAGUAUGGACUUGGCUGAUGAUGCUUUGAUAGAAAUGGAUGAUUCUGAAGGAAGCGAAGAAUCUCGAAGAUUACUGAAGACCAACACGUCAACAUACAACCAAGUGCAACUUAUUUGCUGA